GACGAACCUCGCCCAUCGUUCUUUGUAUCUAUCUUCUCUAUCUAACUGUAUAAUAUCUUGCUACACAUAAUUACUGACGACCUCAACCACCAUGAAGUUCUACAUCGACAACCUCCCAAUCAUCUUCCCUUACGACCGUAUAUAUCCAGAACAAUAUGCCUAUAUGUGUGACCUGAAGAGAACUCUGGACGCUACAGGCCAUUGCGUGCUGGAGAUGCCUUCGGGCACUGGGAAAACCGUCUCCCUUCUCUCCCUGAUCGUGUCGUACCAACAGUUCUUCCCGACGCGUCGAAAACUCGUGUAUUGCUCUCGAACUGUUCCCGAAAUCGAGAAGGCUUUGACUGAGCUGAAGCGUCUUAUGAAAUACCGAAUCGAUUAUGCCGAAACGGAAGAAGAGAAGGAGAAGGAGAGAAACUUUAUGGGUCUCGGUUUAACCAGUCGAAAAAACCUUUGCAUCAAUCCUGAUGUUGCAAGAGAGAAGAAGGGCACAGUUGUCGAUGCUCGGUGUCGAGACCUUACCAAUACUGCAGUUUGCGAGAAGAAUCGAGAGAACCCUGGGUCUGUUCCUGUCUGCGAUUGGCAUGAGAAUCUAGGCAAAAUGGAACCAGGAACGCUGAUACCUCAGGGUAUCUGGACUUUGGAGGGCGUGCUGGAGUACGCCCGGCAGAAAGUAAUAUGUCCUUAUUUUGCAGUGCGGAGAAUGAUGGGUUUUGCCGACAUCGUCAUUUACUCUUACCAUUAUCUUCUGGACCCCAAAGUCGCUGAACAAGUCUCUAAAGACAUAUCCAAAGAUGCCAUAGUGGUGUUUGAUGAGGCCCACAACAUUGACAAUGUCUGCAUCGAGUCCCUUAGCAUCGAUCUGACCAGGCCAAUGCUCGAUUCGGCGGCUCGCAGUGUGACAAAACUCUCAGAGAAGAUCGACGAAAUCAAAACCACCGACGCUGCCAAACUGCAGAAUGAAUACGCUAAGCUUGUCGAAGGGCUGCAGGAGGCCGAAGAAAGCGACACCGAUGGCAUUAUGGGAAACCCUGUUUUACCAGAUGACCUACUACAUGAAGCCAUACCAGGAAACAUUCGCAAGGCAGAGCAUUUCGUUGCGUUCCUGAAGCGAUUUGUGGAAUACCUGAAAACCCGCAUGCGGGUGACACAUGUAGUGGCCGAAACCCCUCUUUCCUUUUUGCAACAUCUGAAGGAUAUCACGUACAUCGAACGGCGUCCGCUCAGAUUUUGUGCAGAGAGGCUACAGUCGCUCGUUCGGACGCUUGAGCUAAACCGCCUGGACGAGUAUUCAAGUCUACAGAAAGUGGCUAGUUUUGCGACACUGGUUGCAACAUAUGAAAAGGGCUUUCUUCUUAUACUCGAGCCAUACGAGACGGACACAUCAACUGUUGCUAAUCCCAUUUUCCACUUGACAUGCUUGGAUCCCUCUCUUGCCAUCAAGCCCGUGUUUGAACGCUUUAGCAGCGUAGUUAUUACUUCAGGGACGAUCUCGCCGCUCGACAUGUAUCCCAAAAUGCUGCAGUUUACGCCGGUGGUCCAAGAAACAUACCCCAUGACAUUGACACGCAACGCGUUCCUCCCCUUGGUCAUUACCCGUGGAAGCGACCAAGUUGCUAUCAGUUCGCGAUUCGAGGUCCGGAAUGAUCCUGCGGUUGUUCGCAAUUUUGGAAGCAUCCUCGUCGAAUACAGCAAGAUCGUCCCAGAUGGGGUAGUCGCCUUCUUCCCGAGCUACUUGUACAUGGAAUCAAUUGUUGCAGCUUGGAAUGAUAUGGGAAUCUUGAACGAAGUCUGGAAGCACAAGUUGAUAUUUGUGGAAACCCCGGACGCAAACGAGACGAGCAUAGCGUUGGAGAACUAUCGCAGGGCUUGUGAUAACGGUCGUGGUGCCGUGCUACUGUCUGUAGCGCGAGGAAAGGUUUCCGAAGGUAUCGAUUUUGACCAUAACUAUGGACGUGCGGUCAUCAUGUUUGGUGUCCCAUACCAAUAUACCGAAAGUCGGAUCCUGAAAGCCCGCCUGGAAUAUCUACGUGAUGCAUAUCGGAUACGCGAAUCAGAAUUCCUCGGAUUCGAUGCGAUGAGAACCGCCGCACAGUGUGUAGGGCGUGUUCUGCGCGGUAAGACGGACUGGGGGCUGAUGAUCUUCGCAGACAAGCGGUUCGCACGUUCAGACAAACGAUCAAAACUUCCCCGCUGGAUAAACCAGUGCAUCACGGAGACUGCGUCGAAUCUUUCAACAGAUAUGGCGUUGACUCUGUCAAAGUUGUUCAUGCGGACGAUAUCCCAGAACCCAAACGAAAACCAGACAGGCGUGUCCCUAUGGACUUUGGAAGACGUCGAGAAAGCCCAAGCGAAGCAAAAGGCCCUCGAACUGGAAGCUCAGCAACGAACUGUGGAUGACGACGACGAAUAUGGUGACGGUGGACUAAGUGACAGCGCAUUGAUGGAGAUGGACUUGAAUUGA